AUGCAGACCAUGCCGCCCCGGGCGUCCUUGACCAGCUCCUUUUCCGUCACCGAUGCCAACAAUGAGGUGGUUUGUCCCUUGAAGAAUAAUGAUGGCUCGAAUUGUCGGAAAAGAUGCUUGGGGGAGAAACGUUAUCGCUCGAUGCAGGAGCACAUCCGUCGUGCCCACCCAAACCACUACAUUCCGAAGCUCCCAGCAACGGAAGAGAGCUUUAUAUUGAUGGUCACCACCCCUCCGGAACAGCGUGCCAAUCUUACACCCCCUCAGUCCAGGCGCCGCAAUGACGCAUCUGACCGAGAUAUCUACGGUGCCGGAUCCAAUUCUCCUGCAACCCCGCGUGGGAUCGAUGAAACCCAUCCGGCUGCAGCUACUGCGGCGGUCGCAUUGGCUCAGCUACACCAUAACCGCUUAGCAUCUGACUGGGGUCCAGAUGUGGAGAUCCAUUCUGAUAACGAUAUCGACCGAGCACCGAUGCGAUCGUCAAUUGAGCUGCCGUCUCUCCGCGAUCACUUCAAGCGGGACUCGUUGCCGCCAUUUUCAUCGCCUCGUCCUAGGUCGCUUUUACCCUCGAUUCUGAACCACUCCCCUCCCGGUCGCUCUUCAACUCUUCCUCCAAUCCAACGGACAGACAAGCUUCCUCGUCCCCGCAAAGGUUCUAUCUCUGGAGCACGAAAAGCCAAACAUGAACGUUCGAGAUCCAAAGAAUAUCGGCGACGUCCGAGUCUAGGGGAUAGGAAGGCUUUAUCAGCAGAGCCUCAAACCGCUGCCUGGGCCCAAGGCAAGCGCUGGGAGGAUCUCAUCGAAGCCGCAACAUCAGCAACAGAGGUCGACGAUGAUCGACAGUCACAAUCAGACUUGGGGCCUUCGCCAACCAUCCCGCCGAUGAUUCCCAAUAUCACAUCUAUAACUUCGGCACCUUCAGUCAAAAACAGAUCAUCCAUGCCGCCUGCGUUCCAAUCGCCCGGUCUACCGCCGCCUACAUCCCAUCGUUCCUUCCCGCCACCACAAUCGUACACGGCGUCGCCUUUACACAAAUCCUUGACCCCGCCACCGUACGAAUUCUCACGCAACCGCGACGCUGACUUGGAACCAUUCCCAUCAAUUGAGUCGUCUUUGGACUCGACAUCCACGACCUCUGGGAAGAAUUUCGGAUAUUCCAAUUACUUGAACUCGACGGGGCAUCCUAGUUCUAGUCCGGUUUUGAAUUUAUUCCCAUCAUCGGCCGCUCAGCGACAGCAUCAUCGCUUUUCGAACCCUACGCCGGCAUCCUUCCGCAACAGGGAGAUACAGAUAUUCUGUGCCAGCUGCAAACAGGCAUGGCCUCUGAACGAAUGUUACGCCUGCACUGAGUGCAUCUGCGGGGUAUGCCGUGACUGCGUCGUGCAGUUUAUCAGCAGCCCGCCGACACCAUUCAAAAAUGUCACAUCCAGUCCUGGCAGUGCGAUGUCCCAUGGUCCGACAAGUUAUCCAGGUCCGCGGGGUUGUCCGCGAUGUCGGGCCGUGGGGGGAAAGUGGAAAGCAUUCCAACUGGACGUCAAAUGA